CGAGUACUGUCAGAUGAAACACCGGUACUCUGUCAAAAUAUGUACAUAUAUUAGUGUCUCUGUAGUUGGUAGAAUAUUGACAUGGAUUUGAAAGGGAAAGUAGCUCUAGUAACAGGAGGAGCUGCAGGAAUAGGUCGCGCUUACUGCGAAGAGUUGCUGAAACAUGGGGUGAAGGUUUCUAUAUGCGAUAUAAAUGCUGAGGCAGGGGAGCAGCUUGUUCAACGGUUGGAAGAAAAAUAUGGCAAAGACAAAGUGCUGUUUUGUCAGUGUGAUGUCACGGAUUACCCCCAAUACGAAGAAUCUUUUCAGACAACAAUUUCUGAAUUUGGCUGCCUUGACAUUGUUGUAAACAAUGCUGGAAUAAUGAAUGACAGAUUUUGGGAGCUGGAAGUAGAUGUCAACUUGAAUGGAGUCAUUCGUGGUACCUUACUGGCUCUACGUUUUAUGGGAAAAGACCGUGGUGGCAAUGGAGGAACUGUUGUUAAUACUGGCUCAAAUGUUGUUGUAAAGCCAUAUGUAAGCAUUCCCAUUUACACUGCCACUAAACACGCAAUAGUUGGUUUCACACGUUCAUUUGGGGACCCUUACCAUGAGAAGAUAACUGGUGUACGCGUACUUGCUGUCUGCCCUGGUGCCACUGACACAAACCUUGUGAAAGAUGUAAGGAAACAGCUGCUGUCAUCUGAAUAUGAGAAUGCAUGGCAACGAGAUACAGCAGGAGGUGUAUCACAAACGGCAGAACAUGUGGCAAAGGAGCUGAUACAGUUAUUGCAGAAGGCAGCCAGUGGUUCUGUUUGGAUGGUGGAGAAGAACCAGCCAGCACGGGAGAUACAUUUUACUACCCAGUAAACAGUGGUUUUACUGUUAUGACAAGUUUAAUUGCACAAGUAGCCUGUUGAAGUGCAUCUAUCUAACACACUACAAAUAUUAUGCACAAUUUUCUUCCGGAGCUUUGCAGAUUUAUGGGCUUUUUGUGGCUUUUCAUUCAAGUCACAUUUAUCAUAUGUACAUUAUGUAAUUUGGCCUAAACAUUUGUAU